AUGAUGUUAGCUGGAUCGAAGAGUGAUGGGACUGACUUACAUUCUGUGGUAGCCAAUCAACUGAAAAUCGACAGAAAUCAGGCUAAGGCUUUGAAUUACUCACGAAUGUAUGGUGCCGGUGAGAUCAAUGCCACAAAGACCUUGUCCCAAGCUGGAAUGACGAUAGAUCAGGCUCGUAAAACAGCGAAGGAACUUUUCGCGGUGACGAAGGGAACGGAGAGCAGCUGGAAAAUGCUCCGUAAAGAAGCGCAGCCACUUCUCUUGAAAUUCGUGGCAGAUCGAAAACUGGACGGAUUGGGUAAUUACCUUACAGUCGAUGACAACGACAUGAGGUGGGUCCUAUUGCGCUUCACAGUCCAUUUCAAGAUCCCAUAUUACGGUAGAAACGUUCAGAACUGGAUAAUUUCACUGGUAGCAGAAAAAAAGCCUGAUAUCCCUCAUGCGAAUAUUGUCUGUUCUCUUUAUGACGACUAUUCUACAGUAGUUCGUCUUUUCAACGUGAAUCCGGCCACAUUCAAUUAUUUGGAAAUGCAAACACAUCGUGAAGUGCUGCGAACUCCGGUGUUAGACUGUCGACUUUCCGAUUCACUGUCAGCUCUUCCAAAAGAUACACCAGACAUAUGGAGUUUUAAAUCGAAGUAUAAACGAUCUACGAUGAAUUGGGUAAGAUCAAUGAUAAGAGCCUCCAAAAAUCGUUUCAUAGUUUCUAAUUAG